AUGGAAAAGAUAAAGAAAGUGUCCUUAGGAGUUCAAAAGAAGACCAAAGCGACCAAACAAAGCAAGAAGAAAUUCCUCAACAUUGUUUUAGACUACCUCAAAUCUGACUGUUACAUGUUUGCUCCUCUCAUUUCUCCUCCUCUGUUUGGAGUGAAAAUGAAAGAAGUCAUUAAAGGAAACAAGAAGAACGUGUUAAAAAAGGUUGGAAAGUAUAUGAAAUCUAACACUUACAUGUAUGCGUCCUUGGUUUUUUCUCAGCUGAUUGGUUCUUCUACUUUCGCUAGAAUGAGAAUGAUGGACGGGUACAUAGCUGUACGAGAAAAGACAAAGUAA